AUGACUUCUACCUCAGAGUCAACCAAGAAGACUGAGAACUCCUCGUCUCCAGAUGUCGAGAUGGGAACUUUCUUAGAAACAGUCGACAUGGUACCUGGGACCAGACUUCUCCUCAACCCGGGCAGAGACGAUGGGUCAACCCACAUUGUUCUUUCUCCAGAGCCCUCCAGCGACCCCGACGACCCUCUCAAUUGGAGCAUCACCCGCAAGACCCUCUCCUUCCUAGUGGUGAACAUCUACUCUUUCAUGGUCGCCGUGGUGGCUUUGUCCACAGCUGUUACCUACGGAGCCCUCAUUGCUGAGUUCGGUACAACGGCUGAGUACCUGAACGUCGGCACGGCGGUCUCGAUUCUGUUUAUCGGAAUGGGCAACAUUAUCUGGAAUCCUAUGGCCCUUCGAUAUGGUCGCCGGCCGGUCUACAUACUAUCUUGUCUCUUGACAGGCGUCGCCCAGGUUAUUGCAGCCACCGCACAGAGAAGCGACGUCUUUGUGGGCUCUCGCAUCCUGAUGGGUUUUGUUGCCGCUCCUUUUGAGCAGCUUCCCGCAGUAACUGUCAAUGACCAGUUCUUUGUCCAUCGGCGAGGCUUUGGAUUGUCCAUGUAUGUCCUCGCUGCAACGCUAGGAUCCUUCAUUGGCCCUCUAGCAACUGGAUUCAUCGUCGACGGCGUCGGCUGGCGCUGGGUAUACUGGACCUUUGCCAUCACCAUGGCGGUCGUCACCAUUCUCGCCUUCUUCUUCCUAGAAGAAACGGGUUAUAACCGAGACGAUGGCACAUCCGGCGACUUUGGCCCUCCUCUCCACGAGCCAAAGACUUACGUGCAAAGGCUGAAGCUGGUCUCGGACCUCAAGCUCCCCCAGUCCCUUGGCGCCACUAUAAUCCAGCCCAUCCAGCUCCUCAUCGAGCCCAUCAUCCUCUGGUGCGCGUGCCUCUAUGGCUUCGGCAUCGCGUGGCUCUCCAUCAUGGCCUUCACCUCCAACACGGUCUUCCAGAGCCCCCUAUACGGCUACAAUUUCAGCUUCACCGCUGUCGGCCUCACAAGCCUUUCCCCCCUCGUCGGCAGCAUGAUCCUCUUCUACGUAGGCGGGGCAGGGACGGACCGCUUCAUGAUCUGGCAGGCUCGCCGGAACGGCGGUAUCAUGGAGCCCGAGUCGCGCAUCUACGCUGCACUAGUGGCGGGGCCGAUCAUGAGCGCCGGGUUGGUGCUGUACGGGGUGGGAGCCUCGGCGGGCUUGCACUGGAUGGUGCCGGUGGUGGGAAUGGGGCUUAUCGGCGCCGGGGUACCAAUUGCUGGAGAGGUCUCCCUGGGCUAUGUCACUGAGUGUUAUUCUCACAGAGCUGGAGAGGCGUCUACGGCCAUGAUUACGGUGCGCAACAUCAUCGCCUGCGGCAUGAUCUUUGCUACGGAGCCGUGGAUCAACCACAGUGGUCUGAGGGACACCUUCAUCAUCAUGGGGGCGCUGUGCCUCUUUGGGUUCUGGUCAGGGGUGCUGCUCAUUUGGAGGGGCAAGAGCUGUCGUCGCCAUUCUGCAAAACUUUGGCAUUUGUCUUGA